UUGGAUAACCUGCUUCAACAAUUCACUCUUGAAUUUUCCUUUAAGGGUCAACGAUAAUAUUUGCUGAUCUGAAAAGGGUCGAAGGGCUGCAAUGAGGUUAGCUAGGAAAUAUUGGAUGUAUGCGAUGUAGUCGAAGGUGUGUAAAAAAACAACAACCAGGUAGCAUAGGUCUUUAGUUGCAACAAUCUAUGCCGUCUUGUUAUUAGUAAACAUUCCAAGUGCGCACACAAGAUAAGUAAAAUGUAAUGCAUUGGUACUUUGGUUCAUCACAUUUUAUUUCCCCUUCUCCACAAAGGCACCACAUUAAUUUAUUUAUUAGCAAUACGCAUCGAUCUUAACACACCUUUGUCCCCAGUGCCAGGUAUAUUUUAAAACUAUUCAUUGAUGUAAAAUAAAGCAGGUGAUGCAACAAUGUGUGUGCAGCAAGUAGGAAUACCAAACAUACAAUUUCCAGCAUAGCAGUGGUGCUUGAAGCGUGCGCCCUAGUGAUGUCCUUAUAUGAUUGACAAGUGCGUCCUGGAUACGUGUGUUUAGCCUCCAUCCACGUGCAUUUAAUUUUUAAAAGUAGUCUUCAAUUAUGAGGAAAUUAAGCGGUAGUCUGACAUAGAAUUGCCCCUCUUUCUCUCUCUCUCUCUCUCUCUCUGUCUCUCUCUCUCUGUCCACUUGGCAGCUACCGUGCUAAACGUUUCAUGGUGACCAUCCUUUUCAAACUGGAUCAGAAUGUAUUGUGACUAGAUAAUGUACACACGAGACUUGUGUAGCCCCACAAAAUUAAUGAGAUUUCAUACGGCGCGGGUCCCCUUGCGAACACUCCACGGCUAGGUGCACACUGAGACCUCAGUAAAAACUAUGGCCAUUUUUGUUGUUGCUCCAAACUGUUCACAGCUCAUACAAGCGGGUUUAACAGCCGUACUUACAUCCAAUUAAAUUUAUCUAGGCCAUGAGGGGACGGUAAUGGCAUUACGCACGCUCCCCAUAUUUAGCCGUGGUUUCUGACCGUUUUGAAACGAGACGCCACUGAAUAACCCUACUGUAAACUGCGGUCUAUGGGUUCAGCUUUGAAAAGGAUUGUGAUUCCCUUAACCAUAUAGUUACGAAAGUCGUAGGUUGGUCGGAGUUUACAGAGAUGGAGCUCUCCUGCAAAUAGAAGAGCUAUCAGCAAGAACGCCAAAUCGAUCGGUUACCAUGAACUCUGAUCGAGCGACCUUUUACUUCACGCGUUUACUUCUUGUGUUGAAGGGCGAUCGUAUUAAAGCGAACUGUAUUCUUUAAAACAACAGUGAAGAGCAGAUUUAAGGUGGUAAUUAUGGACACGGGCUGCAAUACAUUGACUGGAUGCCGCAGACAGUGUCGUAAAGGUUCCUCUUCCCCCAACAGUGGUGUUUGUAAGCAGAGAAUGGCAAAUAUUUACAACACCUAUUCCUUCUGCGCCUGCUUGGGCUCUGGGAGGGUUUUUUUUUACCCUGUCUGAAGUUUGGAUGUCUAAUAUUUAGCUAAUCCAAGUAAAACCAAUCUUCAAUUCGCCAAAUUGUCCUGAUGUGUAGAGAUCAGCCAUUUGCAAAAGUAACUGUGCUUAUUUCAAGAAAAGGCGCAAUAGGACCGAGCCCCUGGGUCCUACUGCGAGUAGAUUAGGAUCUUAUUAACCCCUUCAGCCAUGUCCAAGCUGUGUAAGAAAUAAGGCAUUGGCGAGUGCAUGGAGCGUGUAUUCCAUUUCUGCACUUUCCUCGUACAGAUGUGCCAAGUCUACAUUUGAGGCUAUAGUCUGCAGUUUGAAUGCAAUAAGGGAAUCUUGAAAUUAAUAUUAUUUAGAAAUAGCCAAACUCAUGAAUUAGCCUACAGGCACAAAAUACUGAGUAGUCAGUAUGUUACGGCCCUCCUUUGAAGUUAUUUCUCCAAAUCAAUCCACUUGGUCACGUUUUACUUAAUUAUUCAUCUAAGAGAGAUACAUUUUAUUUAAGAUCACUUAAUGAUACCCAAAACUGGAUUGCCUGUGAUUGUGGGGUGCGUGAAUGCGUGAGCCCUUCUUCUCACGAGGAAAACUAGUAGUUUUACAAAUGCGCUGAUCUUAACCAUUUUCUCAAUGCCUUUUCAUUUAUUUGAGCUUUAUUUGAACGUGGUUCUUUGAAAAAUCCCAGUUACUUCCUAAUUAUAUCUAUCUAACAUUAUCUUUGUUAGUCUUGCGUUGGUGCCGUUGAUGUGUUUGAGGUGCCAUUUCUAUCAAUUAAUCCUUAAUCCUUAUUUGAAAGGGUAUUCGCAGGUGUGAAUGGUUCUUUACUGAAUAACUUUUCCCCUUUUCACUCUCUAUUUCUUUCUUUGUUGUUUAUAGAACAAAGGGAUUUUGCUUUUUCUCCGGCCAUUCGCACUUUUAUGGUGGACGUUGGAAGGAUUUUAGUGGUCAAAUUCAAGUGCUGUCUGGACAGCUGUCUGUUUUCUUUGUACUUGGUUGCAGGCAUCUCGCAGGCAUCUCACACGCCAACCUUUUUAUCUGUCUAAAUGGGAUCAAAACAAAGUAAUGACAUUGCCACCGGCGUGAGACACAGACGUCUUAGCAUCAUAUCUGUCUUAGUAUCAUAUCUGUCUUAAUCAGUGAUACGCGAAAUAUGUGUUUCGAAAAAUAAAAGUCCAAGCGCCUAAUUUCUGAUUUCUGGAAAGUAAUGCGUGCAAUGUUAGGGUAAGUUUUAUUUGGUUGAUAUAUCACUUCACAUCCAAUUGCUUUGUUGUGUUAAACAAAAAUAAACUCAUAAGGCAUUACUAGGAAUAGUAUUAGUUAUUUAAUGUUGGAGAAAACGCGCCAUGUUAUCAGAUCAUGGUUUUGUUGUUGGAAAAAAAAAACAUGAAGAUAACGUUGCGCAAUGCCUGGAGCUUAGUUAUAUGUAAAUGAUGCGUCGAGAGGAUUUGAGGUCUUCAUAUUGUGCUACAAAUCUGUCAUAUUUUGUCAAAUUCCCACAUAACCCCCUGGCAUUGGUUGAUUAGGGCUUGAUUAGGCUGGACGCGCACAGUGGUGUAGCCUUUUCAUGUAUUACAAAUAUUGCAAAAGAUUAUAGAGAGUUGCAAUAUCUGUAUAUUAUUCCAAAAAAGUCAGUUAGAUAGGCUACUGAACGUGUGGUUCAAUGUGUGCUUCAAACAUUCACAGUGGUCUGCCGUAGUCCUCUUGUUCGAUUUCAAGACCAUCUGUGAAGGCCAAAGUGAACAGGACACACAGAAAGUCGAUGUGGAUCUGUAUGUAUUCUGUGCAAUGCUCUUAUCUGGGUGGAUAUCCUUUAUUAUUCUGGAUGUGAUGUGCGCUUGGCCAUUGGACUGUUGUUGCAUAUCAAACGGGUGUACUGAUUUUGAAAAAGAUGGGUAAAGCGACGUGCGUAAAAGAACGAAGACAUAUUUGGCUACACUAAAGGCGCAAGUCCUUGUUGUCGCUUGAUAUUGUUUAUUUUGCUGUUUUAGGAAAACAUGCUUAAAAAUAGUCGUUUCAACUGAAAAAAAGCAAAGCAAAGUUGGAAGCAAAUUAUGUUUUCAUUUUGGAAGACACUCAAAUUCAAGGUCUACAUCUGCUCUCAGUCCAAUCAAGGGUCUAGCAAGCCCCAGGAAAAUAAAAAACACACGAAUCAUGUUCAACGUUAACCGUGUGUAAUGUGUCAACAUUGGUCUACAUGGUAGGCCUACGACAUCACUUAGCGAAUCACUUUUUGUAAUGUUUUAAUUCGCCGUCCAUCGCCUAACUAUGGUGUUUGUACGCUGACUGUCGUAUACUGCUACGCAGUUGAAAUGUUAGCACAAACAUGUAUACUAUAUAUACACUAACACACAAUCACAGAAUACUACCUCGGAAUCGUCGAUAUGGGGUGGAGCAAUAUGUUUGAUAGUCUUCCAAGUUGUACUGGUGUAAAACGUUACAUAAAUGAACAUGACAUUAACUAUGACCAAGAAGGUACUAUCCUGAUGUUAUUUCUGUUUAAAAAAAAGCCCCUCUGAUAAAGGCUACAUGUCAGGUGGCUAUUUCAAGGCCAUUGUCAUAGUAAAGAAUAUAGACAUUGUCUGUGUUUCCUGUAGGCCUAUUGCAGUCUGAAACUCGAAAAAUAUGUACGUAAACCUCAUAUCUACUUACUCUUACUGUUUAAUUUGUCACUGGAGUGGAAAUAAAAAGUCUUACCUGUUAAAUCACAUAAUCACUGCAACUUAGCAUGCAAACACUACCACAUUCCUGUACUAAAAAACAGCUUCCCCAUAAAAGUGAUUCAAACAACAAAUCGAAAAUCUGUUACUCAUUUUCGAAGUGCUCCUGCAGUGUUUUGGAAAUUAAUCGUUUGAACCUCCUAGAUCUUACCUAGCAGAACCACUCCUACGCAUCCAAGUGUUCCAAAUUGAUAUAUGACAAUAUCUACUUUCGAUCACGUGUCUCGGGGCGACUUAGACGGAUUGCGCGUCAUCUCGCCUUCCCAAAUUUUCUCCUUCUGCUGCUCGAAUCCAAAACAUCUAUCUAUAGUACCGAGUACGAGGGAAAGAUGUUUAACUCGGUGAAUCUGGGCAACUUCUGCUCCCAGACGCGCAAAGACCGGACAUCCGACUUUGGGGACAGAACGGGCUGCGCCUCUAACAUCUACCUCCCAAGCUGCACAUACUAUGUCCCUGAAUUUUCUGCCGUCUCGUCGUUCCUUCCACAGGCCCCUUCGCGGCAAAUCACCUACCCUUAUUCCACGAAUCUCUCUCAAGUACAACCAGUACGCGAAGUUUCUUAUGGACUGGACCCGUCCAGCAAAUGGCACCACAGAGGCAACUAUGCAUCGUGCUAUUCGGGAGAGGAUUUGGUGCACCGAGAGUGUCUUCCGCCAUCCACCAUGACAGAAAUGCUCAUGAAAAACGAGAGUGUGUAUAGCCACCACCAGCACCACCCGAACUCCAACCACCCUGCCGGCGGGUUUUACUCUGGAGUGGGGAAAAAUAAUGUUCUCCCACAAGGCUUCGACCGUUUUUUCGAAACGGCGUAUUGUGCAGCGGACAACCAGCCGUCAGGAGACAGUUGUUUACAAAAGGCUGAGCCGAGUAAACAGGACUCGGCGCCGCAACAGCCGGGAACAGUUUCGGGCUCUCAGGAGCAGAAAAAGGACCCUACCGAUGGAGAGGAACACACUAAUUCGAGCUCAUGUACCUCGUCAGCUACUAAGGACGGCAACGGCACCAAGAGCAGUCACUCGAGUACCCCGCGCACGAGGAAGAAGAGAUGCCCAUACUCCAAAUUUCAGAUUCGAGAACUGGAACGAGAGUUUUUCUUUAAUGUUUAUAUCAACAAGGAGAAACGGCUGCAGCUUUCUAGGAUGUUAAAUCUCACAGAUAGACAGGUUAAAAUCUGGUUUCAGAAUCGUCGAAUGAAAGAAAAGAAGCUAAGCAGAGAUCGCUUGCAAUACUUCUCGGGAAAUCCCUUGUUAUAACUGAACACUUUCGCUGGGUACUUGUGUAUGUCACUUGUAUUGUUAUUACUGUGGUAUGUGACUAGGCCAUUUCUCCACCAGCCAAGAAAGAGUUGUCUGUAUUUACAAUGAUGACUUUUGCAGCAACAUCAAACUAGUGCAUUUAUUUGUCAGUAGCAUAAAAGAAUAGCUGUCCGUGAUUGCAUUGUAAGUGCAUUUCCAAAUUAUUUAAUGUUUGCUGUAUUAGUCCAUCUUAGGUUAUUGUCUCGCCUGUUCAUAUGUUACGUGUAAACCCCCUCCCCUCUAAAAUCUUUGUUUUAUUGUGCAUACCACACACAACAUGUUUAAUUAUAUAUACUACCAACCGGCCUUUUCGGUUGUGGGAUCUUCGACUGCCUUUUAUUUGUCUUUGAAUAUUGUAUAUAUGUAACAUAAUUGCAGAUACUCGAUUCGGACUUCGGACUUGAACCUUUCCACAAAAUGCAUUUUUUUUACAUUUUAGCAAUCGAGAACUGUGACGUGUACAAUCUGUAAUGUUUUUUGUCUUUGUACAGAGACUAUGCAAAGUGCAUUCGUGACUGUAAAUAUAAGUUUAUUUCGAAUUUCUUUUCCUUUCUCCCUGCUGCUAUUUUCUUUAUAUUGCUGAGGCAAACACAAGAGCUUUAAAUUUCGUUUCUAAAUUAUUUGCUUCGUGCUUGAUGUUUUCUUGUUAUGCGGAGGGAGAGAAAGAUAACAUUAGGUUUGUGUCCUAUAUCUGUCAGAAUAUUGAGGAAUAAACCGAAAAUAUUAGUAAAAUAA